CAGGCUCAGCUCAGUCCUAAUCAGCGGUUCGCGACGAGUAGUCGAGUUCGUUUCAAUCUCCAACACUUUGUCGGUUCGGUUCGUUUUCGUCCGUAUAUCCUGUUGAACGCCGUUUUUGUGAUCUUGUAACAUUAAUUAGGAAAUAUCGAAACGAGUUUCGACCGUGGUGACAUUCAAAGUUGUGACAAGUUUUGUAAUUAGUCGACAAUCCUUGCGGUUGAUGCUUGCAAAAAGUGCUUAUAUUUAAAAACAAACACAAAAAAACGCCCGACACGCUAUAAAGAUUAAGGCUUCGGAGGAAAUAAGCCGAUCGAGGCGCAGUGUACAUUUGAAUUGCAUUAGUCAAUCAUACAAAAAACAGCAAUAAUAACGGUGCCUUGCGUAAUAUCGCGCAGCGAUAGAGGAAGAAUAUUUUCGCGCGUGCAUUAAAAUUGCACUGUUAUCAUUUAAACUUGAUUCGGCUCUCAGUACCGCCUUACACGAAAAGGUUGAAACAAUGAGUGACAAGAUCUGCCUCAACGGAAACAGUGUGGAUUCCAAUGGAACCGGUAUGACCAACGGAAUCGGCGAGAAUGAGAAAAUUGCUGGCGUUUUUUACACUGCCAAGGAGUCCUCGGGGUACACCUACGACACGCUACAGGAAAUCGCAAACCAUCUGCUGCAGCGAACUCAACUACGGCCCAAGAUUGGUAUCAUACUGGGCACCGGGCUGGGAUUGCUGGCCAAUCAGCUGACGGAUGCAGACUACAUCGAGUACCAGACGAUUCCACACUUUCCCGUCUCGACGGUUGAAGGUCACGUAGGGCGGUUGAUCUUCGGCUAUCUAAAGGGUAUUCCGGUUAUGUGCAUGCAAGGCCGAUUCCACUACUAUGAAGGUUAUCCACUGGCAAAGUGCUCAAUGCCGGUUCGCGUAAUGAAGCUAGUUGGAUGUAGCCAUCUUAUCGCCACCAAUGCCGCUGGUGGGCUAAAUCCUAACUAUAAAGUUGGCGAUAUUAUGCUGAUGAAGGAUCACAUCAACAUUAUGGGUUUCGCAGGCAAUAACCCCCUGCAGGGUCCCAAUGAUUCCCGCUUCGGACCACGCUUUCCCAACAUGGUCAACGCGUACGAUUGGAAACUACUGAAGAAAGCCAAAGAGAUUGGAAAGGAUAUGGGUAUUGAAAACAACCUACACGAAGGAGUCUACAUCUGUCUGGGAGGCCCGAACUUCGAAACGGUCGCCGAACUUAAGAUGCUGCGCAUUUGGGGCGUGGAUGCCGUGGGGAUGUCAACGGUGCACGAAAUAUCCACCGCUCGGCACUGUGGACUAACGUGCUUCGCCUUCAGUCUGAUAACGAAUCUCUGCGUGCCAAGCUAUGACGAUGAAGAAACGCCCUGCCACGAAGAUAUCGUCGGAAUAGGAAAACGACUGGAAUCUACCCUGACGGAGUUGGUUCAUCGAAUGGCCAAGCAUAUUCACAUGGAACUGAAGCAGUAAAGUGGUGUAAUAGUUAGAUCAGCAGCGAAGGUGUUUUUAUUUUAGGGCAAUUUUAUUACUAUUAGAAUCCCGAUAGUGCAUUGGCAACUAUUGUUAUAUUUUAAGUUUUAAUAGUCCUAAGAGAACAAAUAUCUUAUACUGACAAUAAAUACAUAUGUAAAAUUUAAUUUUAGUGAAGCCAUAGAUUGAAAUAAAUCGAUAGAUAUAUGUAUUUUGCUAGAA